AUGGAAGAUCCUUAUAAUUCAGCUUCGCCAUCUUCCACCCCUCCUUCUUCACGCCCUUUGUCUCCUCUACUUCGUUCCAGCGACUCCAAGGCGGCUGGUCUCAAGCCGAUUCGAAAACGCUGGAAGAUGACGAGAAAACGGCUUGCCAUAUGCAUACUUGCGCUCUUGGUUCCUGCAGCCUGCGCCGCAACUGGAACCGCUAUCGCUCUAAAAAAAAGGUGUACUCCCAGCUGUAGAGCAGAGGGUGGGUGCCGUGAUCUUGGAUAUGCAAAAUACCAAGGUGUUCGCGACCCCCAUGGCGUCACUAGCUGGUACGGUAUGCGAUAUGCUGCACCCCCGAUCGGGGAAUUGCGGUUUGCUGCGCCCCAAGACCCCGGCAAAGUAGAUGGUAUUCAGCUUGCUAACGUGAACCGAAAUCGCUGCCUUUCCACGAGCACACGGACUAAUUCACAAGUCGAGUCUGAAGACUGCCUGUUUGUAGACGUCUUUGCACCGACAAACGCAACUGAGAACUCAAAGUUGCCGGUCUAUUUCUUCAUUCAGGGCGGCGGGUUCAACCAGAACGCCAACCCGAAACUCAAUGCUUCCGGUCUUAUUCAAGCUUCCGGCGGCAAUAUGGUGGUUGUGGGAUUCAACUAUCGUGUGGGGCUGUACGGUUUCCUUGCUAGCAAGGAGAUAGAGAAGCAUGCCAGUCUCAAUAAUGGCUUAAAGGAUCAGAUCAAGGCGUUAGAGUGGGUAAAGCGGCAUAUAAAAAAGUUUGGAGGAAAUCCGGAUCAUGUUGUUAUAGGUGGACAUAGCGCAGGCGGUGCCUCUUGUCUCUUCCAUUUGACUGCUUAUGGAGGCAAAAAAGAAAAGUGCGACGAAGCUCUGUUUCACGGUGUCAUUGCAGGCUCGCCGUCCAUGGGAAACAUGUUUACAGUGUCGGAAAGUCAGUUUCUCUAUGACAGCCUAGUACAACGUACUGGAUGCGACAAAACCGAAAAGACCCUUGACUGUCUCCGCAAAAUGGACAGCAGGACUCUUCAAUCGCACAAUAGCAAGCAACCAUUCCCGGGGGCUAGCAAGAACCCGUUGUUCUUGUACUCUCCAACAAUCGACGGCGAUCUUGUGCCAGACUAUACGUAUCGGCUCUUGCAGGAGGGAAAAUUCUGCAAGGUGCCUGUCGUAUUUGGUGAUGAUCAGAAUGAAGGGACGCUGUUUGCCUCGCGGCGUGCGAAUACCGUUCAAGACACCAAUGAGUUCCUCGUCGCACAGUUCCCGGCUCUGAAGAAAAAUCAACUCGAAAGAAUCAACAGAUUCUUUCCACCCACGCAACAAGAAUUUCCUGGAUCCGGAAAGUACUGGCAGCAGCUGGCAAACGCGUAUGGAGACAUGCGAUACACAUGUCCCAAAAUAGCCACUAUAGAAAGCUUUACUGAAUCAAACGACCCGAAUCAAGUAUGGAGUUAUCGCUACGCAGUGGAAGAUCCAAUAUUUGUGAAAUCCGGUCUCGGAACGCCGCACACAGCUGAGCUGGAGGCUAUCUGGGGCCCCGAUUACAACCCCGGCAAAUCACCAGGAUCAUAUUAUACCACAAAUAAAGGAGUUGUACCUGUUGUCCAAGGGUAUUGGUCAAGCUUCAUUCGUGCGUUGAAUCCUAAUACGCAUCGUGCAAACGGAGCGCCCGAAUGGAAAACAUGGAACGUCUCCAGCUCCGAUCCGCAGGCGGAGGGUUUCCGGGAACUAUUCAUAAGGACGGGGGACACAAAAAUGCGAGUCGUCGACUCAGAGCAGAGAGAGAUAUGUGAUUACUUGAUUAGCAUUGGCGUUGACAUUAAACAAUAG